CAUUGUAAAAUGUUUUCAUAUUUCGGCCCUCAAGGAUUUAUUACAUUUAGAAAAAUUUGACGCAAUAAUAAUAUAUUAAAAUCUUCUUGACUAUUUAAAUUAUAAUUGAAGUAUUACUUAAGGAGUAAACGAAGGUCUUAUUACUAAUAAAAAAGUUAGACAAUUUAAAUAUGUCGCAUAAGACCUUAAUAGAUUUCGUUGUAAAAUACCAGUCUCCGCGAUUGCUCAAUAGUUUUGUCUUUUUUCCAAGCCAUGGAAAUUCGUUUCUGGGAAGAAGAAUAUCAUUCCCAGUGCCGGUUUCAUCUUCUACACCACGAACUGAAUCAUCAAGACAGUUUAGUUCAAGUAAUAUUAAAUUAAGCACAGUUCCUCUGACCGUUGAGCCAAAGAAAUUUGAAGGAAAAUUUCAACUUAUGUACACAUGUAAAAAAUGCAACACAAGAAAUGCUAAAUUUAUUACAAAACUGGCAUAUUACAAAGGAGUUGUCAUAGUUAACUGUGAUGGUUGUGAAAACAGACACCUCAUUGCAGAUAAUCUGAAUUGGUUCACAGACAUGAAUGGAAAGAAAAAUAUUGAAGACAUUAUGGCAGAAAAGGGUGAAACAGUACAAAAAAUUAUGUCUGAAGACUUAGAAUUUAUUGCUAAGGAAAUUGUUCAAAAAGAAAAGAAACCUGAAUGUAUAGCAUAAUCAGUACUUUUUGAUGUGGCAAAAUACUUAUCUUAUUGUUAUUAAAAUGUAAUAUUACUCCAA